AUGAGCUGCGGCGGCGUGGGGCACGGCGGGUGGCUGCUGGACUACGGCCUCGUGGAGGAGGAGAUCCAGGCCUCCGACUUCAUCUACAUGGUCGACGACCCGCCGGUCUCAAGCGUCAUACUGGGGUUCGAUGCUCCCAGGAGGGAGGACGCUGCGGCGGCUGCCCAGGACAACUCCGGCGCCAAGAAGAGAUCCCGUCCAGAGUCGAGCGCGCAGCCCGGCACAAAGGCUUGCCGAGAGAAGCUCCGGCGAGACAGGCUCAACGAGAGGUUCAGUGAGCUCUGCGCCGUCUUGGAGCCCGGGAAGCCACCCAAGGCCGACAAGGUCGCCAUCCUCAGCGACGCCACCCGCCUCCUGGACCAGCUGCGCGCCGAGGCCCAGAAGCUCAAGGCCUCAAACGAGUCACUCCAGGACUCCAUCAAGAGCCUCAAGUCCGAGAAGUCGGAGCUGCGGGACGAGAAGACGAAGCUGAAGGCCGAGAGGGAGAGGCUGGAGCAGAUGCUCAAGGGCGUCAGCGCGGCUGCGGCCGCCGCCCCGCGGCAGUUCGUCCCGCACCCGGCCGCCGCGGCCGCGCCGCAGUUCCACCCCGCCGCAGCUUACGCGCACGCCGGCAAGUUCGUCCCGGCGUACGCCGCGGGCUACCCGCCGCCGGCCGCUUUCUGGCAGUGGAUACCGCCGACGUCGCUGGACACGUCCAAGGACCCCGCGCACUGGCCGCCGGUCGCGUGA